AUGCAAGGCCCCACAGCAGGAGCAGUGCUGGUUGAAUGGAAUGUCCACGAGGGCCUCCAAGGCUCGGUGGCCAUGUGGGAUUGUCACUUUCGAGUAGGAGGGGCAAUCGGGUCCAACCUCCAGCAGUCAGACUGUUCCAAGCUCAGUGGCGGAGUCAAGCCGAAAUGCAAGGCAGCCUCCAUGUUGAUGCACGUUACUAGCAGCGCAUCGGGAUAUUUCGAGAAUAUCUGGGCAUGGAAUGAGUUCACCACGGAGACCAGCGCGUGGCUCGCUCUAGCUACCGAAGACCAGGCUAUUGGAGAUGACUGGGGCUCGGUAGGCGAGUCUGUGGAUGAUAAUGGAAACCCCAGCACCGUUCAUUGA